AUGAACAAGUUAGUGUGGGCACGAUCAUUAACAGUUUUUCUUGUUUUAUUUGUUGAAAGAGUUAUAUUCAUUGCAGCAACUGUGAAUACAAAAUAUCCAGCAGUGUUUGCAUUUGGAGACUCAAUCCUUGAUACUGGAAAUAAUAACGAUCUUUUUUCAGUUACUAAGUCCGAUUUUUCUCCUUAUGGAAAAGAUUUUGAUGGAGGUGUGGCUACCGGAAGAUUCGGAAAUGGCAGAGUUCUAUCUGAUUUAAUAACGGCGGCUAUGGGAGUGAAAGACACAUUACCAGCAUAUCUAGAUAAAAAUUUACAAGAUAAAGAUCUUCCUACUGGAGUAUGUUUUGCAUCAGCUGGUACAGGGUUUGACGAUACUACUGCACACCUUCAAAAUGUAUUGUCAAUGGACACUCAAUUGAAACAUUUUCAAGAUUACAUUGGAAAGCUUAGAGCAGCUGUUGGAGCAGAUAAUGCAUCUAGUAUCAUAUCCAACGCUUUGUAUGUGAUAUCAGGAGGAAACAAUGACGUGGCAAUCACUUAUACUUUUACAUACAAACAUUUCAUUUCUUUUCCUAAGUAUUCCUCUGAUUUAGUUGAGGCACAACGAAAUUUUCUCAAGAGUUUAUAUCAACUAGGAGCACGACAUGUGUGGGUUCUAAGUACACUACCAUUGGGGUGUUUACCUAUAGUUAGAUCAAUAUUGGGAGGACCUUUAAGGGUAAUUGUAGAUUACGAGAAUGGGUUAGCACAACAAUUCAAUGGCAUGUUAGCUAGUGGUGUUUCUAACCUUAAAGCCACCCUUCCCGAUUACGAUGUUAAAUUUGUUGAUGUCUAUUCUCCUAUGUUUCGUCUCAUAUUGAAUCCUGGAGCUUCAGGAUUCAUAGACACGUGGAGUGGGUGUUGUGGAACAGGGACAUUGGAAAUGGGACCAUUGUGCAACGUAUUGUGUAUUCCAUGUUCAGAUAGAUCAUCCUACUUUUUCUGGGAUUCUGCUCAUCCUUCAGAGAGAGCUUAUCAACUCACUCUCGCUUUGAUGCUACAAAAUCUAAAUUAUGAUCUUACCAAUUAUAAUAUUUCUAAGGCUCUUGGUCCUUUGAAUGUAACAAGUCUUAAUUUAAUUUAA